UCCCUCUCUCUCUAGAAAAAAAUGAUGAUGGAAGGAAAAAAAAGGCAAUAAAGUAUGUCAAAAAGCACAAGCUAUUCUAUCUCCAGCCCACAUGAAACCAUAGUCUUUUUGUCCAAACUAUCAUCAUAAUUCCUGCUUCCUUAACCCCAAAAUCCUCCAACAAUCCUCCCUCAAAUUCUCACAAUCCAAAACCCCAUGUCUAAUGAUCAAAACAAGAUCAUCAAUUCCAAUCCAUUCUUCGAAUUCCACCAUGAUCAUGAAUCAGAAGGGUUUGCAUUUCCCAUAGUCACAGAUCACUACAACCCUUUUAUGUACAACCUCCCACAGCACCACCACCAAAACCCUACUGAAUUUCAGUUCCAAGGGUACAACACCCUUGAUGCACCACCAUCUCCUUGUAAUACCACGAGAAAUUCGAACGAUCCUGCCGUCGAGGCAGCUGCAGGUAGCGGAGGCGCUGGUGGUGGUGGUGGUGGUGAUAGUUUUCCAUUGACGCCUAAUUCGUCGGCGUCGAUUUCUUCACAGGAGGCUGGAGUGGAGGAGGAUUCUUCCAAGAGUAAAAAGGAGGUUGAGAGAAGAGCUUGUGAAGAAGGAGAUGCUAAAUCUAAGAAUGUCAAGGCAAAAGAAAAGGAAGGGAAAAAGCAAAGACAAGCUCGAUUUGCCUUCAUGACUAAAAGUGAGGUAGAAAAUCUUGAAGAUGGAUAUAGAUGGAGAAAAUAUGGCCAGAAAGCAGUCAAAAAUAGCCCUUUCCCAAGGAGUUAUUAUAGAUGCACUAGCCAGAAGUGCAUCGUGAAGAAGCGCAUAGAGAGAUCGUACCAAGACCCUACAGUGGUGAUCACCACGUACGAGGGGCAGCACAACCACCACAGCCCCGCAGUGAUACGUGGAAGCGUAGCCGCCGCCAUGUUGGCGCCGUCUUUAUUCUCCCCACAGCCUACACCAGCAUUUCCCACAUUCCCUCAAGACAUGUUCUUCCCUUCAACUAAUGAGAGAGGCCAAACAAGUCCUGCCGCCUUCUACACACAACUGACUGAUUCCGGCCGCCACCAUCCGCCGCCUGAUAUUCCUGAUCAAUAUAGCUUCUUAAUGCCCGGCGCCGCCAUGACUUCUUCUUUCUUCCACAAACCGGAGCCAUGAGAGAGCUUCUUGAUUUCGAAGAUUAAUUGUAUCUAAUUAAUCAAGUGAUGAUUUCUUUUACUAGAUUCUUGAAUUAUUGGUGGAUUAAUUUGGUGAUCGAUUAGGGUAAGUGAGGAUAUUUCGAAGCGUUUAAUUAAUGCAAUUUAUUUUUACUUA